UUCAAAUGACAUGUGUGAAGCGAUUUCAUAGUUGUUUACAAACUUUAAUUAAAUCAUGUUUUAGCUUGAUCAUUAUCACUGACAAUCACGUGAACCACUAGUCUGUCAAAACCAUACAACCAUGAUAUCAACGAUCAAUAAGUGGACAAAAAGUUUGCUAACUUUUAACCACUUCUUCAGACACUUUUAUCCGCAAAUCAGAUGCAAUUCAAUGGACACUAAUUCAGACACCGAUGGACAGGACGAGGACUACCACUACGCGGACCGGGAGUUCAAAGACAUGACAGUCGACACCUUCGCCUCAUUGGUCACCUCCGAGACGACGAGA